UCUCCCUCUCUCCCUCUUCUCUCUAGGCCCCCAUCUCCGCCGUGGGACAGAGGGGCACCGACCGCCACCAUGAGUUCCUUCAGCUACGAGCCGUACUACUCCACCUCCUACAAACGGCGCUAUGUUGAGACGCCCCGGGUGCACAUCUCCAGCGUGCGCAGCGGCUACAGCACCGCGCGCUCCGCUUACUCCAGCUACUCAGCUCCCGUCUCCUCCUCGCUGUCCGUGCGCCGCAGCUACUCCUCCAGCUCCGGCUCCUUGAUGCCCAGUCUCGAGAACCUCGACCUGAGCCAGGUAGCCGCCAUCAGCAACGACCUCAAGUCGAUCCGCACCCAGGAGAAGGCGCAGCUGCAGGACCUCAACGACCGCUUCGCUAGCUUCAUCGAGCGCGUGCACGAGCUGGAGCAGCAGAACAAGGUCCUGGAAGCCGAGCUGCUGGUGCUGCGCCAGAAGCACUCCGAGCCAUCCCGCUUCCGGGCGCUGUACGAGCAGGAGAUCCGCGACUUGCGCCUGGCGGCGGAAGACGCCACCAACGAGAAGCAGGCGCUCCAGGGCGAGCGCGAAGGGCUGGAGGAGACUCUGCGCAACCUGCAGGCGCGCUACGAAGAGGAGGUGCUGAGCCGUGAGGACGCCGAGGGCCGGCUGAUGGAAGCGCGCAAAGGGGCCGACGAGGCGGCUCUCGCCCGCGCCGAGCUCGAAAAGCGCAUCGACAGCCUGAUGGACGAAAUCGCCUUUCUGAAGAAAGUGCACGAAGAGGAGAUCGCCGAGCUGCAGGCGCAGAUCCAGUACGCGCAGAUCUCCGUGGAGAUGGAUGUGUCCUCCAAGCCCGACCUCUCCGCCGCGCUCAAGGACAUCCGCGCCCAGUAUGAGAAGCUGGCCGCCAAGAACAUGCAGAACGCUGAAGAGUGGUUCAAGAGCCGCUUCACCGUGCUGACCGAGAGCGCAGCCAAGAACACAGAUGCGGUGCGCGCCGCCAAGGACGAGGUGUCCGAGAGCCGCCGCCUGCUCAAGGCCAAGACCCUGGAGAUCGAAGCAUGCCGGGGCAUGAACGAAGCGCUGGAGAAGCAGCUGCAGGAGCUGGAGGACAAGCAGAACGCCGACAUUAGCGCCAUGCAGGACACAAUCAACAAAUUGGAAAAUGAAUUGAGAACCACGAAGAGUGAAAUGGCGAGAUACCUCAAGGAGUACCAAGACCUUCUCAAUGUCAAGAUGGCUUUGGACAUUGAGAUUGCAGCUUACAGGAAACUCUUGGAAGGUGAGGAGACCCGGCUCAGUUUCACCAGUGUGGGCAGCAUAACCAGCGGCUACUCCCAGACCUCCCAGGUCUUUGGCCGAUCUGCCUACGGAGGUUUACAGACCAGCUCCUACUUGAUGUCCGCCCGCUCCUUCCCGUCUUACUACACCAGCCAUGUCCAGGAGGAGCAGAUCGAGGUGGAGGAGACCAUCGAGGCUGCGAAAGCAGAGGAAGCCAAGGACGAGCUCCGCUCUGAAGGAGAAGCCGAGGAGGAGGAGAAGGAAAAGGAAGAGGCUGAGGCAGAGGCUGAGGCAGAGGCUGAGGCUGAGGAAGAGGAGGGAGCCCCCGAGGAAGAAGCCGCCAAGGAAGAAGCUGAGGAGGCAAAGGAGGAAGAAGAAGGAGGUGAAGGUGGAGAAGCAGGAGAAACCAAAGAAGCUGAGGAGGAAGAGAAAAAAGAUGAAGGUGCUGGGGAGGAGCAAGCCACUAAGAAGAAAGAUUGAACCCCCUUCCCUUAAUUAUUCCAGGAAUAAUUCUCCCGAAAUCAGGUCAACCCCAUCACCAACUCACCAACCAGUUGAGUUGCAGAUACUAUAUGAAUUAAGAAGUCAAUAUACGUAUAAUUCUGAGAUGACUUAGGUUGGACAUUAAAUGUUGUGCUAUGACUUUUCUCCUUCCGCAGAGUAUCUGUUUGCUUGCAGAGUGGCUUCCUGGCUUGCUGCCAGCCUGUGCAUGGUCCACGCUUAUGAGUUCAGGAUCAAUGGCAAUGUGAAUAAUUCAGAUGUUUACAAUUAAAACAAACAAACAAACCCUGAAUAAGUGAAUACACUAAUGUUAAUGUUCAACUUCAUGGAAAAAAAAUAGUCCUUUGAACUUUUGGUGGUUAGAAAUUAAAGACCUUGAAUUAUAUGCAAUAAAUAGUAAAUAAAGUUAAACUGAAUGACAUU